AGUGUUUUCACCAUAUGGGACUUGUUUGUUUUGUUUAUACUUUUGUUAUUUUGUUCAGUGUUGUGUUGAUUUAUUAAUUAUAUCAUUAUGGACACUUACUACGCUGCACUUUGGUCUGAUCCUUGCUAAUCCUCCUCUGAAGAAGAGGAAUUCCGUUACAGACCCACUCACCAAAAAAGGACCAAGCAGUGUGGUAACGGGCAGCAGAAAUCUCAAGAUUCUGGACGGCAAGGGACCCUGGGCACAGGCUGGGGAAUAUCGUCGCCCCAAAGAAGAGCAGCGAAACGUGAGUGGCGGUGGUAUGAGGAGGCAGCACGGUAGUGCGGCUGGGACGAGAGGCAGCCCCAAAAAUGUAUUGGAGGGGGCACACGGGGAGUGUGGCUAAGUCAGGUAGGAGACCUGAGCCAACUCCCCGUGCUUACCAUGGAGAGUGGAGGACCGGGCAGGCACCGUGUUAUGCCGUGAGGUGCACGGUGUCCCCGGUGCGCAGGCAUAGCCCGGUGCAUUCCAUAGCAGCACCUCGUAUCGGCAGGGCGAGAGUGGGCAUCGAGCCAGGUGCCAUGAAGCCAGCUCAACGCAUCUGGUCUCCAGUGCGUCUCCUCAGGCCGGGGUACAUGGCACCAGUCCUACGCAUGGUGUCCCAAGUUCGCCAGCACAGCCCAGUGCGAUCUAUUCCACCUCGCUGCACUGGCCUGGCUACAGGGAGCAUUCAGCCAGGUGCUCCCUCCAGUCCGGAUCUGCCAGAGUCUCCCUCCAGUCCGGAUCUGCCAGAGUCUCCCUCCAGUCCGGAUCUGCCAGAGUCUCCCUCCAGUCCGGAUCUGCCAGAGUCUCCCUCCAGUCCGGAUCUGCCAGACCGGAGCUGCCAGAGUCUCCCGUCUGUCCUGGGAUUUCUGUGUUUGGUAUGGUUCUCAGUCAGAGGCAGCUGUCCCUGAUUGAGUACCAUAUUUAGGUAGCUUGUUUUCUAUUGUAUUUCGUGGGUGACUAUUUUCUGUUUUUGUGUACGUUACCAGACAGGACUGUUUAAUUUUGUGUCAUUCUCGUUUAUCGUUUCGUUGUUUUGUUCGAGUAUUUGUUUUCAUUAAAAGGCAUAAUGAAUACUUA